AUGGAAGCGAACCUUGAUUCGGUUUGGAACGUAUUGACUGAUUACGAGAAGCUAUCUGAUUUCAUACCUGGCCUUGUCAUUAACGAAUUGGUCGAGAAAGAAGGCAAUCGUGUUCGUCUUUUCCAGAUGAGAGGGCUCAUCGGAACCACACCGCUUUCCCUCACAGGGCUCAUUGAACCGAUGUUUGAGCUAGAGGGUCUAUUUCUGAAAGGUUGA